AGCUUGCAGUGUGUAGCGUUGGUUGGGAUAGGCCAUAACAACCACCCAACAAGGCGUUGUGCUACUAUGGGGAAAAUACCGAACCGAACCGAGAGUGUAAAACGGUUUCUGUUUAGUUUUUACUCGAGCUAAAUGCUAGAAAAAUUAAGCGAAAAGUGGAUGCAAGUGCUGCCGGUUCCGUUCGGCUUCGGAUUUGGACGUUGACGUCGAACUGUGCGUAAUGAGCAGAGUUGGAAAAAGAAGGUGUUGAGCUGCGUUUUUUUUCUGCCUCUGCCAGGGACAACUUGGGUCGGAGUACGGACUAGGCUGCGGGCUCGAACGAAGAGAACUGAUGACCACGGAGCUCCGCACUUUUCGGUACGACAGGCUGGGCCUGGGGCUGUGAAGAUGCCUCAGCGGAUCUGUGCCUGACCCACCACUGAAGACUGAGAGGACUACGCUGUCUGAGCAGAAUGACUCAGCAAGAGGGGGGGCCCCCAGAUAGCAAGUGAAGAGAAGUGAGGAUGGGUGCCAAUGGAUCCAGCUAUCCACACUCAUGCUCCCCGCGCUCUGGGGGGAACGGACAGGCACAGCAGACAUUUAUAGGGACCUCAUCCUACUCUCAGCAGGGUUAUGGCUGGGAGUCAAAGCUGUACAGCCUUGAGCAUGGCCACGAGCGUCCCACAGACAGGAAAAAGAAAAGCCUUGGUCUGGCCACCCUCAAACGGAGGUUCAUCAAAAGGAGGAAGUCCAGCCGCUCAGCAGAUCAUGCACGACAAAUGCGAGAGCUUCUGUCAGGAUGGGACGUCCGUGACAUGAAAGCCCUGGUGGAGGAGUAUGAGGGUACAGCUGCCCUCAAGGAACUGAGCUUCCAGGCCAGCCUGGCCCGUGCCGAAGCCCCUAACUUGCAGCGAGAUCUCGCCGCCCUCUACCAGCACAAGUACUGCACAGACGUGGAUCUCAUUUUCCAAGGUACCUGCUUCCCAGCUCACCGGGCCGUCUUGGCUGCCCGCUGCCCAUUUUUCAAGACUCUGCUGUCUUCUUCCCCUGGCUAUGGAGCAGAGGUCCUUAUGGACGUGGAGACGGCAGGCAUUGAUGUGCCAAUGUUCUCGGCCCUGCUUCACUACUUAUACACAGGGGAGUUUGGUGUGGGUGGUGCAGAGGAUUCAAGGCUUCAGAACGUGGAUGUACUGGUGCGGCUGAGCGAGGAGUUUGGAACACCUAACUCUCUGGAGGCAGACAUGAAGGGCUUAUUUGACUACAUGUGUUAUUAUGACGCUCUGCUCAGCUUCUCCACAGACUCUGAGAUGAUAGAGAGCUGUAACGAGAGAGGAGCUGCAGCUGCGGCCCCAACAGCGGGCGCAGCGGGCAGCGGGGCACCCAUGACCCCGGAUGAGGACCUCAGGGCACACAAGGCAGUCCUCUCGGCACGCUCCCCUUUCUUCAGAAACCUUUUGCAGCGACGUAUUCGCACCGGAGAGGAAAUGACUGAGCGCACGCUGCAGACGCCCACCCGCAUCGUGCUGGACGAGUCCAUCAUACCACGGAAAUAUGUGCAGGUUAUUCUCCACUGCAUGUACACAGAUGUGGUGGAGCUCGGCUUGGUGCUCCGGAGCAGCCCCUCGGCAAGCAGCCUGGGUGAGGUUCAAGCUCUGGUUUCAGGAGGCCGUGGGGCCAGCACACGCACCGAGGAGGCCAUGGAGCUGUACCACAUCGCUCUGUUUUUGGAGUUCAGUAUGUUGGCUCAAGGUUGUGAGGACAUUGUUUUGGAAAGCCUGGCGCUGGAUUCACUGGUCCCCAUCUUGAAGUGGAGCUCCCAGCCCUACGGCUCAAAGUGGGUCCACAGGCAGGCCAUGCACUUCCUCUGCGAAGAGUUCAGUCAGGUCGUGUCUUCGGACGUUCUCUACGAGCUCGGCAAAGAGCACCUCCUCAGCGCAAUUCAGUCAGACUACCUGCAGGCGAGUGAACAGGACAUCCUCAAGUAUGUUGUUAAGUGGGGCGAGCAGCAGCUUAUUAAGAGGAUGGCAGACAGGGAGCCCAACCUGUUAAGUGGCACAGCUCACAGUGUGAACAAGAGGGGAGUAAAAAGGAGAGACUUGGAUGUGGAGGAGCUAAAAGAGAUCCUGUCUCCCCUGCUGCCCUUCAUCAGAACCGAGCACAUCCUACCCCACAACAGCGACGUUCUCACGGACGCGUUAAAACGGGGUCUGAUAAGCACCCCUCCCUUGGACAUGCUUCCCACUGCUGAGGGCGGGAAAGCCAACGACUGGUUACGGCAGAAGAAUGCAGGCAUCUACGUGCGUCCCCGUCUGUUCUCUCCUUAUGUGGAGGAAGCGAAGUCUGUACUUGGUGAGAUGAUGGUGGAGCAGGCGGACAUGGCGCGUUUGCGCUUAGUGCGUAUGUCGAAUGUCCCAGACACACUCUACAUGGUCAACAAUGCCGUGCCUCAAUGCUGUCACAUGAUCAACCACCAGCAAAUAGCAGGAAGCUCAACAACAGCGCCCUCAGUUGUGGCCAAUGAAAUCCCAGUGCCACCACUGUCUGUGGUGAAGGACAUGAUCCGCAGGCUCCAGGAGCUGAGACACACGGAGCAGGUCCAGAGAGCGUACGCCCUCAACUGCGGCGAAGGAGCCACGGUCAGCUACGAGCUGCAGCUGCGAGUGCUGAGGGAGUUCGGUCUGGCAGAUGGAGCCACAGAGUUGCUGCAGAACCCAUACAAGUUCUUCCCUGACGAACGGUUUGGAGAUGAGAGUCCAAUUCUGGCUCUGCGCCAGGUGGGUCGAUGUCGGGUAAACAGCAGCCCAGCCAUGGAUAGCAUGUUCACAGAGCUGGAAGGAGUUGCUGGCUUCCACCCUCCUCUUCCUCCCCCACCUCCUCCCUACCAUCCUCCCGCCACACCCAGCCACGCGCAGCUUAAGGGCGCUUGGCGACCCCGUGUUCCCUUGCCAACCCCCACCCGUUCCUUUUCCUAUCCCUGCAACCGCACCCUGAACCAGCGCCAUGCAGCUGCCAAGCAUGGCAGCUCAGAGUACUCCUCCUCUGUGCCCAGGCCCCAGCCCCCAGACUGCACCAACCCGCAGGCCAUGGGCCGAGCUUUGCUUUCUGAUCAGCAAGCGAUGGGCUUGGAGCCCGUAAUGAGGGAGUUCAUGCCUGACAUUGCACUGGGGGUUUCAGUCAUGUCGCUGAGGGAGCAGCACAUGGUGGAGAUGGACAGAGACAGCCCUCACAGCCCAAUGGGUCCCUCAGGUCAUCAUCUGCCUCACGGGCCCUGCCCUUCUGCCCGCCACAGCCACAACCACAGCCACAGCCACGGCCACGCUCCUGGUCACGGGCACUCCUGUAAGAGGCAUGCUCCUGAACCUAAGCUGGAGGCUCAGGCUGAGUUCCCCGAUCUGUAUGACUUCUCCUGCCGACCCGCAACACCGACAUCCGCCCACCCUCUGCCCUCCUUCGUAGGACCGGACCUCUACAGUCACAGCUGCACCCCCUCCAGCCCUUAUCCACCACCUUACAUUUCAGACUCUCAGUCCCAGGGCCACCUGCAGGGACGGACUGCUCCUUCAGACCCGCUGAGGCUCGAUGUGCUCAGUAUGACCUCUCAGAGACACGAUGGAGUCCUCGCCAGUCCGUCUGGGGCUCAGCCCCGAAUGGCGCACAUUUCAAGAGGGAGAUCAAAUGAGACAGAUCUGACCCACGGCUUGGGCCAUUUGCGGUCGCCCAGCGGUAACAUGGACAGCUACGAGGAGAGGCACAUCGGACUCAGAGAUGCACAGGAGGACAUGGUCCUCUCUGGAGAAUCGCCAGGUUCCGUCCAGCAGCCUCACAGGAACAGUGUCAGUGAGGAGAUCGCCAGAGACCGCAGGUCACCCAGCAAACCCGACUACCCCUAUAAGAAAUCCGCACUUUAACCCCAGCCAAGGGCUCAGGGUUGAUUUAAGAAAAAGGGAAAAAGUGAUUUGUGCUUGUCCAUCAUAAUGGUCUGCAAAGCACUAGUGUGUGUCUGGGUGUUCAGUGUGUGUGUGUGUUUGACAAGAGCGGGGAAAAAAGGGGUUUAGUUGAUGGUUUGCUAUUUAUAGGCUCUGUUCUUUUGUCCUACCUCUAUCACUCUGUGCCAUCAGUCACACAGUCAGGGCGUGGAAAGAGGAAGAUCUAUAGGUCGACAGUGUGUAUAACAUGCUAUAACAUACUCUGUGUACGUCUGCUCUGAAUGGCUGUUUUUACAGGAUGACUCAGGCUCCACUGGGCUGGUCCGGAUUGUAGCGAGUGAUUGUGUGUUGAAGGUGUGUUAAUCCUGCACGAUGAGGUCGAAAAACUAGAUGCAGCUCAGUUAUGUUGAACAAAGACUCCAUUCAUCGGCUGCUCUGUCGCUUGAUUAUUUUCAGGAUAGAAUAGGAAGAUGGCUGCACGGAGAUCUCACUUUACACAGACAAACAACGGCAACCAGUGCAGAACAGAGUAUUGUGGCGAAUUGAUAUGUAAAUACAUCUGGCUGUUCUCUUUCCUCCCAUGACUUGUGUUUCCAUUUCUUCCUGUAGCAUGCCUACAGCAACGCACCUGACUAGUUUUCCCCCUGCUGGCUGUGGUUCUGCAGGGCCGCUGAGUAAUUGGUCUAGGUUUGGUCACACAAAGCAGGAAUUGGAUCCGACAGGAAGUAGGUCAUCAGAGCUCGUCAUCCUCCAGAAAUCCACUCAGAUAAUUGUGUUAGGCUUCAGCUAUCACAGUCUCUCAGUGUCUAGCUCCCAGGCAGGAGCCUGGUAGUUUUUUUGUUUUUGUUUUUUUUUGUUUUUUGCUGAGGACAGGAAGGAGCAGGAGGAUCAUGGAUAGGUCUGUUAGUAGAAAUAAAAAUAAAAGGGUGCCAUGGCAACUGACUGUCAUGGGGUGUGUAUGUUUGCAGCUGGAGCAGGUGUUCUGUGCGUGCGGGUGUGUGUGUGUGCAUGAGGACAACUUUGAUACACACAGGUGUUUAGACAAUCUCAGUACUGUACACUCCCAUCUUCCGUCAGGUCUGUUUGUACAUAUCAGAGCGUCUCUUUAGCACAGAGCGGUGGUCAGUCUGCAGAAGUUCCCUGGUCUGUUUAUCACUAGCAGCAAGUAAUCUAACGUAACAGCCUUAACCAGAGCUUGGAAUAUUCAGUUGUUAGCUGCAUUUAUUCACUUUAGCAUGAUGUCAUUAUAUCACAGCCCCUGUUAAUGGUUUAUUUGACUGUUCUGCUCACCACACAUUCAUUUACUGCACACGAUCUUUGCAGUAGAGCGGGUUUUCAUCCAAACCCAGAUGCUGACGAACGCACGUAGACACCAUCUCUCACCUCAUGGACAAUUGUGGACCAGCAUAUUCAGUACUGUCAAAUAUACUGUUAAAAGUGCCGCAGAAGCUGUAGCUCCAAAACCCUGCAAGUCCAUGCAUAAAAGCCGGUCGCGACCAGCAGCUGGCGCACAACCUCACAUAAACGCAUAUACGUUGCACUGUAGGAGCCGCCUGUUCAGUAGCAGAAGGGGAAAUAGAACAAAUAUGAAUAUCGGACAAAAAAAAAAAAAUUCAAAAUAACAAUAUGGUCUCGUAUUGAUGAGAAGUUGGCGAUUGCGGGCUCAUAUCUCCAGUGGUAAAUUGUAUAUAAUGGAUUGAGCUCCAACGUGUUCUGAUGAAUUUUUAUUGGUUUCCAUCAUAUUUUAGUGUUUGUUGAAGCUUCUUUUUUUUUUUUUUUACUGUAGUGAACAACACUGUGUAUCUGUCUUUGUCACGAUCUCUCACUAAGAAUGUGUGGUAUAAAAUGAAAUGAUUGUGUCCGAAUCCAUUAUGUUUCUAAAUGUCAGACUUUUAGAGCAGUCUUUUCAGUGUCGUGGGUGGUUUUUGGACUUCUAUGUUUGUACAAACGUCCUUCCAUUUCUCUUAACUUCAAAAGUAAAAGGAACCUUUAAAGGAUCUGCUUAGCGGUAAUGACUUGAGCAAGCAGAAUAAUAUUUUACAGUAGGUUGCUUCAUAAGGAAAAAAUUCAAAACUUGUGAUGCUUCCCCAUGUUCUCGUUGGGUAGUCAUUUUAUUUUCCAGGACAAUGUUCAGUUGGAUUGAUGCUCUUGUUUUGCUCUUUGCUGUAGAAAAGUCAGUGCCUUCCCCCGCCUGCGGCCGGGCUUUUAUUGGAGAAGUGACUUCCAUGUCUAUGCAAGCUCUUUUCUACCAGCUGACCAGCCUGCAUCAAAGUUCUUUGGAAUCUCAUGUAGCUUGUUUUCGUGUACAGUGUUAUUUUUAGCACCUUUUUUUUCAGAAAACAGAAACAUCCUUAAUGUGUGGUUGCUUGUGUUGAAUCCUAACAGGUACGUUGUACUUGUAUUGUAGAGAACAUGUUUGUAGAUCGAUAUUGAGUUGCAUUUAGUUUCACUGAAUCUAUUUUUCUACUGUCGCCUGAAAGGGUGCGUAACAGUGGUAAACUUGGACAGACUACAAAAUAAACUGGUUUGAUAUUAAA